GAAAGCGACAGAAAAGGAACCAGAGGGAGACGUCUAGUGCCUGUGUCAUCACUGUGACUUUACCUCAGAGUCUGUCCCCUCAUCCAGCACUCUACAGAGCCUGGCAAGGCACCAUGCAUGUGCUCACUCGCUGCUCCAGUUCAGAGGAAGCCUAGCCCGCCUGAGCUGCAAACAUGAUGUCCCUGCAGUCUGGGCCAUGCUCUGCAGCUCUCUGCACUUCACUUCUGCUCACCUGCAUCUGGCUGGGCUGGGCUGAGCAAUGCACCACAGCACCCAGGCAAAUCAAAGGCCGAGCCAUGAUCCGCCUCCCAGCCAGCGAGGAGGCCGGCAGGAAUGCCACGUUCUCCGGCUCCUCGCUGGAGUCUUACCUCCGCAGCCCGCUGACCAGGCUGAUCCUCCCCACACUCUACUCCAUGGUGCUGCUGGUUGGAUUGCCAGCCAAUGCCCUGGCUUUCUGGGUGUUGGCCACCAAGACCAAGAAAUGCACCUCCACCCUCUUCCUGCUCAACCUGGCCGGUGCUGACCUGCUCUUCACCCUCCUGCUUCCCUUCAAGAUCUCCUACCAUCUGCUGGGCAACAACUGGCUCCUUGGGGACUACGCAUGCCGUGCCCUGGUCACCCUCUUCUAUGGGCACAUGUAUGGCUCCAUCCUCUUUCUCACCUGCAUCAGCCUGGACCGCUACAUCUCACUGGUGCACCCCUUCCUGUGGAGGGGCUCCCGGCACGUCUGGCAGGCGGCGGGAGUCUGUGUGGGUGUCUGGCUGGCCAUGGGGCUGGGUUUGAGCCCGCUGCUGCGCUACCACCAUUCCCACCAUGUCCCGGAGCUGAACAUCACAACCUGCCAUGACAUCCUGGAGCCGGACACGGAACGCGAGCUGGCCUACUACUUCCCUGCGCUGGUGGUGUUGGGCUUUGCCAUGCCCUUCGUGCUCAUCACCUUCUCCUACAGCUGUGUGCUGUGGCGGCUGCUCCGCAGGGGGCGGCACUAUGGCCAUGUGGUACGCCUCCUGGUCCUGGUGCUGCUCGUCUUUGCCCUGUGCUUCACGCCCAGCAACGUGCUGCUCUUCUUCCACUACCUGCAGCCCCAGCCCGAGUGGCACAACCGCACCUACACUUGGUAUGUGCUGGCCCUGGCCGUCAGCGCCUUCAACAACUGCCUUGACCCCUUCAUCUACUUCUACGUCUCCCAGGACUUCCGGGCCCGGCUCCGGGCCAGGCCCUGCUGCUGGAGGGGGGAUAACAAGUCCUCCUCAGGCAGGGCCUCCGAGAACCUAGUGCUGCCCCAGAGGUCCAGCGAGCAGAGCCAGCCCUAGGCCAGGGGAGCCCUCAGGCAGUGGGAGGGGACUAGGAAGCUGCUUUGUGUUCCCCCCCCCCACUGCCCAUGGGGCAACCAAGCGUUUGCAAAUGGCUUGCUCCCCAGCUCUGCCCCCAGCGCUUCCUCUGUGGCACAGGGCCCGCACCUCACCCUGUCCCAGCUCUGGGCGAGCUGCACAGAGGGCACCUCCAGCCAUGCCAUGGGUGCCAUCUCAGGAGAGGGAGACAGGGACCAGGAGCAGCACUGACACUGCCUCCUUCUGGGUCCUUGGUUGAGUCUCUUCCCCUUUAAGCAGUGCUGCCCUACCCCAUGGGGCUCCGUGCCUAAUGCACCUCAGCCCCUCAGUAUCCUCAGGCGCUGCAUGCUCCAGUGAGCUGGACUCACCAGCUGCAGCAGGGUCCCCGUGGCCUCUAGGGGCAAACACUGCAAACCGGCGUGGCCUGGGUCAGGGGUGCACAUGGAGACAUGGGCCCUGGUUACUGAGUCUGGAACUCAGCUCCCACACUGGCUGCUUGCUGCCCCCUGUCACGUGUCAAUGUGCUGCCGUGUUGUUGUAUUGAUAGUGUGGAUCUGCGCUAAGAUGCGGCCAGGGGAACGUGGCCAGUUUGGCAGAGGGGCUGCUGGCCCCUGUUCAGCCUGUUUGGAUCAAGGGGGUAAAAUAUUCACUGGUGUGAUGCUCAGUAGUGGGGUUGUGUUUGUGCUGUCAUUAGGUUUCAGAAUCCACCCCCAUUCAGAUGAAAGGGCAGUUCCUCCCACUGGCUGGCUGCAGACUCGGGCAGGCUCCCUGCAUUGGCAACGCUGGGGUCACGGUUUUGAGGUAAAUGCUCCUUGCAAACAGGAGGCUGAGAUCCUGGAACAGGUGUCUGCAGCGUGGACGCUGCUCCCAGCCGUGUCCAUUAAACUAAAGGCAAAGUGAUUUUA